AUUUGCAACAUGGCAAAUUCAUAUCAAUCAUCACAGGCCGCCUUGUCGGGCUUCCUUGACUCAAUGCAAGAUUCAAGCGCAUCCGCAUAUUCCUUGUUUGGUCCGACUCAAUACCCAGAGAGCGUUGCAUUCUGGCAUGAUCCCUCUGCACCGACAAUGACAGUGGCGCCUUCAUAUACACAGUCCCAGAAAGCCCUGUUACCUCUCGCAGACCACAAGAAACACAAGCGGACCCGGAGUGGUUGCUUUACCUGCCGUUCACGCCGGAUCAAAUGUGACGAGAACCGUCCCACCUGUGAACGGUGUAGGAAAGGCAGCCGCGAUUGUGUUUAUCCGACACCAUCCUCGUCUUCCAAACCCGGCGCACGAACUGCAGGCAAAUCGCGCGCCAAUCGUCAUCAGUCGCAAAGCAGUGAUUCAUCUGGAAAGGUAGAGGUCGAGGCUCUCAGCCCCUUGGAGCCCAUUCUCGAUGAGGAGGAACCGGAAAGUGCCGUAUCGGAGUCGCGACCGUCGCCAGGCGAUACCAGAUCACACAAAAGUCAGAGUCAGAGCGCGCAGUCUCCCAGUGUCCGACAAUGGGACACCAGUUCAUUCAUUAAAGAGCAGAGUAGUUCUCCGUCAAAUGAAUCGUCGCGGUUGGAGUCGAUGAGCGUGCGCUCGGGCAGCAUCGGACAUUCCACAACAGACAUGCUCAGCAAUGCGCGUCUACCCGAUGAUCUGCGUUUUUAUUUAAAUUUCCACCAAGACUUUAUGACUACUCCACAUUUCUUUUUGAGACAAAGCUGCUCUCAUUUUAUUCAUCACAGUUUGGUCGAACUUGCUUUACAGUAUGAGCCUCUGCUCCACGCUUUGGUGGGCUUCGCGGCCUAUCAUCAUGCUUUGCACAUCCCCGGAGGCAAGCUUUAUACAUUUUUGAAAUAUUAUAACAAAGCAUUGAUCCUCCUACGGAAGUCACUUGGUUCUGGAGAACAGCACACCGAAGCUACACUUUGCACUGUUUUGGUUUUAACCACCAUUGAGGAAUACAUCGGCGACUGGAUGAAUUUGAUCGACCACCACCGAGCAGCACAUGCGCUGAUGCAAGAGUUGUUGACACCAGAGUCUGCCAAUGCUAAAGAAUUACAUACCAACAUAUUCUUAUGGUACGCACGCUUUGAUGUCGUCGUGGGAAUUUUGGCUGGCACCGAAACCGUUCUCAGUCGAGAUUGGUAUCUUGCAAAGGAAGAAUACGACGCCGAACAAGCCGCUCUCUAUCCCGAUGACCCAUCUAAACAACUCGAGCUUGUGGGAUCGAUCAAUCGACGUUUUGGCUUGGACAUGGCUUCCCUAUACGCAAAGUUGUCCCGCGGUAUGGUUUCGAUGGAACAAUUCGCCAUUCAGAACGAACAGCUGGGCCAAUGGAUAGAGCAAGCCAAGACAAUCCUGAGUGGAUUCGAUGACUACGAAUACAAAGUGCAGGAAUACCCACACCAACAACCCUUGACUGAGGAUGACAUUGUGGAUCCAUAUAUGCCAGGUGGCUUGCAUCGCGGUGCCUUGUGGGAUUUCAAUUAUGCCUGGAUCGACAUUCUCUCCACGGAAACAAUGUACAAAUUCCAGACCAUGCAAGUCCUCCAGCAGCCUCUACUUGAGGACUUGCACAAUUUAGCCCAGGAGCAGUGCCGCUUGAUUGAGUCGAUGGAUCGCUGGCCUCAGAAGGAAAACGGACAUUGCAUUAUGUUCAAAAACAGCAUCGGCAUGGCUAGCAUGUUCCUCCCAAAAGACCACAAGCAUCAGAUGUGGUCUCGUCGCAAACUCGCCUUGAUGGAGCAGAAUGGGUACAUUAUUGCCCCCCGCUUCCGCAUGGCCCUCGCAGCCAUCUGGCAGACGCCAGAGGUCAAUAACUGGUGGCUUCCCGAUGAUCAAGGAUACACAGAUAUCGUCCGUGAGAUUCGGGAACUCACCGCAGAACGCUUAGCCCAGCCGCGGGAUGAGCUCCGUGAAAACGUCCGUGAUAUGAAGACAUUAUUUGGGAGGCUCAACAUGGAUGACACGCCCUGA